AUGGAUGACUCCAAAUUCCUCGAGGCGUCCGCCAAGCACCCCAUCGUCGAGGGCCACGUCUACAAGUAUGGCACCGCCGGCUUCCGCAUGAAGGCCGACCUUCUGCCCGGCGUCUCGUUCCGCGUCGGUCUGAUUGCUGGUCUGCGAAGCCGCAAGCUCAACGGCCAGGCAAUUGGUGUUAUGAUCACCGCCAGCCACAACCCUGCUCCCGACAACGGCGUCAAGAUUGUCGAUCCCAUGGGCGAGAUGCUCGAGCAGGACUGGGAGGCCCACGCAACGCUGCUGGUCAACGCCCCCACCCACGAGGAGCUCCUCGAGACGUACAAGAAGCUGGCCUCGCAGCUCAAGAUCGACCUCAACACCCCCGGCCGCGUCGUCUACGGCCGCGAUACCCGCCCCUCGGGCCACAGCCUGGUUACCGCCCUGGCUGAUGCUCUCGAGGCCACCGGCAUCGAGUACACCGACUACAAGAUCCUCACCACCCCCCAGCUGCACUACCUGACUCGCUGCGUCAACACCGAGGGCACCCCCAAGGCGUACGGCGAGGUCAGCGAGGCUGGCUACUACAACAAGCUGUCCGAGGCCUUUGUCCGCGCGCUGCGGGGCAGAAAGGUCCAGGGCCAGCUGAUUGUCGACUGCGCCAACGGCGUUGGAGGUCCCAAGCUUACGGAGCUUCUCAAGGUCAUCCCCAAGGAUGUGACUGGGUUCAACGUCAAGGUCGUCAACGAUGAUGUGCUGCGACCUGAGGUGCUCAACCUCGACUGCGGUGCCGACUUUGUCAAGACCAAGCAGCGAGCCCCUCCCAACUUCAAGCCUACCCCCGAAGCCCGAUGCUGCUCGCUCGAUGGUGACGCAGACCGUCUGAUCUACUACUGGGCCGACCCCGACUCUGGCUUCUUCAUGCUGGACGGAGACCGCAUCUCUUCCCUCAAUGCCUCUUUCAUCGGCGACCUUGUCCGUUCCGCUGGCCUAGAGGAGGAGCUUCGAAUCGGAGUCGUCCAGACCGCCUACGCCAACGGCGCUAGCACCACAUACAUUGAGAAGAACUUGCAGCUUCCCGUUGUCUUCACUCCCACGGGCGUCAAGCACCUGCACCACGCCGCCUGCCAGUUUGACGUUGGCGUCUACUUUGAGGCCAAUGGCCACGGCACCGUCGUCUUCUCCCAGGAGGCCCUGCGCGUCUUCCGGGAAAAGAAGCCCCAGUCUCCGGCCCAGAAGGACGCUCUGGAGACGCUGGCCGCUGUCGGUGACCUCAUCAACCAGACCGUCGGCGAUGCCAUCUCAGACAUGCUCAUGGUGGAGGUGAUUCUGGCCCACAAGGCGUGGUCCCUUAAGGAUUGGGCCACUACCUACACCGACCUGCCCAACCGCCUCGUCCGCGUCGAAGUGGCCAACAAGGACAUCUUCGAGACGACCGACGCCGAGCGCCGCCUCAGCCACCCUCCCGGCGCGCAGGACGAGAUUGACCAGUGCGUUAGGAAAUACACCACGGCUCGUUCCUUUGCCCGUGCUAGCGGCACCGAGAAUGCGUGCCGUGUGUACGCCGAGGCUGCUACGAGACACGAGGCUGAUGAGCUGGCUACCAAGGUGGCCAGCAUCAUCAAACAAUACGGCUCCUAA